GGUAAGGAGUGAGGGGUCCCGGACUGCGAGGGCGCAGGCCAGGCUGAGGGACCCUCCCCCUUCCAGUGCACGAAUUUCAUGCACUGGGCCUCUAGUAACUUAAUAAAUAUCCUAGACCCAGAGUGCUUGCUUGGCAAGGUCAUGUUCAGCUCUGGAAGCACUGCCACCGCCCUAGUGUCCCCUGCCCACCUAUCACCCCCCCUCCUUCCUUCCUGGAUCCUUGGCUGAGGAGUUAAUUGCCCCAUAAUCCACAUGCACAGAUCCAAUUACACAUCAGCCUGGCCUGUGCAGCAGCCCCGUGUUCAGUGUGGGGGUGCCUUCCUCUCAUCCUGGCAGAGGGGAGUUCCUACCCUCUCAGUGCUGUACGUUUCUCCACAAAACAUCCCAAGAGAAAUUAAUUCACUUAUUUGUCCCUCAGAAGGGAGAGCUGACCCUGCCACAACUCUCAGCCACCUCCGCGUUCUCCCUCUUUGCUCCCAAGCCAGCCCGCUCUCUGCCCGACAACCCCAGGGAUGCGGUUUUCUCUUUUCCUCUGGUUCCUGCUCUGCUAAUAAUAACCCCCAUUCUCUUCCACCAGGAAGUUGCUCCAAAGGGGCUCCAUCCUCCCAGGGCAACUCUUUCCAAAUGCUGUGUGUCCUUGGGGACAAAGGACCUCCCCACUUCCCUACCCGCACCCCAAAGUCGCUAGCCUCUUCCUCCCUUAAGGGGAAGGGUGCUGUAGAGCCCCCCCUCGCUGUCACCUCAAACCCUGUCACACAGAUGGUGAACAUGCACAUGGAGAAGGUGGCCCGGAGGGAGAUCGGCACCUUAGCCACUGUCCAGCGGCUGCACCCCAGCCAGAAAGUCAUCGCCCCCAAGAGCCUACCUCCCCUGACGCCCUACUUCAGGAAACCCCUCAACUUCGGUUGCCUGGAUGACAUUGGCCAUGGGAUCAAGGACCUGAGCACGCAGCUGUCGAGGACCGGGACCCUGUCUCGAAAGAGCAUCAAGGCGCCCGCCACACCCACCUCUGCGACUCUGGGGCGCGCGCCCAGGAUCCCGGAGCCCGUGCAGCUCCCCGUGGUGCCCGACGGCAAACUCUCCGCAGCCUCUUCUGCCUCUUCCCUGGCCUCGGCUGGCAGUGCCGAAGGUGUCGGUGGGGCCUCCACGACCAAGGGGCAGGCAGCACCCCCUCCCCCCCCUCUUCCCAGCUCCAUGGCCCCACCCCCUCCGCCAGCUUCGGACAUCGACCUGCUGCCCCCUCCGCUGGAGGAACUGUCCCUGCCCCCUCCAGCCCCAGAGCUGCCCCCGCCCCUGGACCUGCCCCCUCCUCCAAUCCUGGAUGUAGAUGAAUUGGAACUACCACCUCCACCUCCACCAGGCUUUGGGCCAGAAGAGCCCAGCUGGGUCCCUGCUUCAUACUUGGAGAAAGUGGUGACACUGUACCCGUACACUGGCCAGAAGGACAACGAGCUCUCCUUCUCCGAGGGCACUGUCAUCUGCAUCACCCGCCGCCACUCCGAUGGCUGGUGUGAGGGUGUCACCGCCGAGGGGACCGGAUUCUUCCCGGGUAACUACGUGGCCCCCGGCUGCUGACAGACGACCUGGGGCUCUUCUCUGCGUGAACCUCGAGGCCCAGGCAAAAGCCAGUUCCAAGAUCAAGCAAGACUGGACUAGAGGAGGUACCCAGAGGUCUGCUGCAGACCGGAAAGAGCUGGAAGCCGAGGAGUUGUCCACACAGAGGACCCCUAUCCCAUGGAGGGUGGGGUCUCCAGCUGCAAGUGGCAACUUUGAAUAAAACUCUGAUGAACUCCUGAUGGCUGCCCUGGAGGGCUGGGCUGGGGGAGGGGCCAGAGAGAAGGGACUAAAAGGCAUUUCAGUUCUAAGGCUCCUAGGUUUUGAGCCCCCUCUGCCUGCUCCUAGCAAGUCUGUCUCACAUCUCCACCUUCAUUAAGGGCCCUCUCUACUGGCGCCCCUGGUGCCCUCUGCAGAUGGCCCCAUCCUGUUCUUUUGCCUGCUGUG